AUAGCCUCGUUUUCCAGCGGAAACAGGAAGUCAUAGUCUGUUGUGUAUGAAUGGUGGCGGUUUUGUUUGUAAUAAGUGUUUUCACGGACUUUCUAACUUUUUUUGUGUAGGUUUUAUUCCACUGAAGGUAUCGUAACAGAAGAUCAACUUACCCCUUCAAUAUUUUGUACUUCUGCAGUCAUGAUUGAACCCGUGAAACGUGCUGCUGAUAUGGCGGUGGUCCCGAUGGCGGUGAAGAGGCCCAGGACCGAGCUUGUGGUCGCUGCACAGUCCCAGCAGCUGAUGACCACUGGACCUCCUCGCACUUCUAGCCUGCAGUCUCCGAUCAUGCUAUUGUCAGGACAUGAAGGUGAGGUGAACUGUUGCAAAUUCCACCCCAAUGGAGCCACUUUAGCCUCGGCUGGCUAUGAGCGCCUCAUCUUGAUGUGGAACGUAUACGGAGAAUGUGAGAACUACGCCACUCUGAAGGGCCACAGUGGAGCGGUGAUGGAACUUCAGUACAACACUGAUGGGAGCCUUCUUUUCUCGGCCAGCACAGACAAGACCGUGUGUGUCUGGGACGCAGAGACGGGCGAACGUGUGAAGCGUCUGAAAGGUCAUACUUCCUUCGUGAACUCCUGCUUCCCUGCACGCCGUGGUCCUCAGCUGGUCUGCACUGGCAGCGACGACGGCACCGUCAAGCUGUGGGACAUCAGAAAGAAAGCAUCUGUCCACACUUUUCAGAACACCUACCAAGUGCUCAGCGUCACUUUCAAUGACACCAGUGAUCAGAUCAUGUCUGGAGGCAUUGAUAAUGACGUCAAGGUGUGGGACUUGAGGCAGAAUAAAUUGAUCUACAGUAUGCAGGGUCAUGGGGACUCUGUGACUGGACUCAGCUUGAGUUCAGAGGGAUCCUACCUGCUGUCCAAUUCCAUGGACAACACUGUGCGAGUAUGGGACGUCAGACCGUUUGCCCCUAAAGAGAGAUGUGUGAAGAUCUUCCAGGGCAACGUUCACAACUUCGAAAAGAACCUUCUGCGGUGCUCUUGGUCCCCGGAUGGCAGUAAGAUUGCAGCUGGUUCUGCUGAUAGGUUUGUGUACGUCUGGGACACCACUUCUCGCAGGAUUCUCUAUAAACUGCCUGGUCACGCAGGGUCUGUUAACGAGGUCAGCUUCCAUCCAGAAGAGCCCAUCAUCCUGUCUGGUUCCAGCGACAAACGGCUGUACAUAGGAGAGAUCCAGUAGUUCAGUAGAUGGGUUGCUUCUCUGCAAUGGUGCAGAGAAAGAUCUCGGAAUACUGUCCAUGGACCAUGGGUCCCAUGUUCUGUUGGUGCCGCAGUAGGAUGUUUGUGGUGAUUGCUUGUGUGCAUAUGAGAGACUAGAGAUUUUCAGUCUCAUUUGGAGUUUUUUUUUUUUUUUUUUUGAUGAGCCAAAAAGGGUUGGAUUUUUUUUUUUUAAAGAUGUGUAUAUAC